CAGCUGUUAGCCGAUAUCGAAGAGCAUCUUGGACAGACAAUAGCUAUCGUUGAUUGCGCGUUUCAAAUACCUGUGGACGAAUUUGAUGGCAAAAUUGUUUACGGUGCUAAACGAACAAAUGUGACGACAUUCGAAGGCCAUGCACCUCAGUUGGCUGUUUCCGUGGCACAGCUGGCGGAUUUGGAAAGAGCUCUCCAGUCAAGCUAUCUGGCAUCGGUUGGCGACAGAUUCCGCAAGAUUGUUGUCACAUUGAGAGAUUUUCUAUUCGUGAGCGAAUUUUGA